ACUAGCACUGCAACAGGAGACGGCGCUCAAGAUCCUACGCCAGGACUACAGCUGGGUGCUCUUCAUUCAACCGGGCAGUCAGGGGCCGCUCCCCCUCCUCUUUGCAGCGGCACAAAAAUGGAAGAAGUCUCAGGAGGAGGGAACAACGACCAGUACACUCCGCACCACUCUGUUCGGUUGUCUGAUCACGAUGCUGCACGCAAGCCUGAAAGACAUCGGAGGAGUGACGCAGACACCCUUCCAGAAGAAGGCAGAGGACAACAAAUGGCUACAGGAAGGCCAUUGGUGCUACCAGAAGUGGUCGCCGGCGUUGGGGAGCCUGGUGGUCGACGAGGGGAGGCCCCCGCUUCCACACGCGAAGCUAGUGGAAGCACUACAACUCCUUCUACCCAUCAUCAUGCAGCCCUACAUGAUACACAGAUUCCACGCCACACGCCCCCUAGCAGACACCAUGACAGGGGUCACGGCUUUCCAGCUGGACAUCUCCAAUCGCACGAAGGGCCACCCAACAGUAUGGGAGACACUGGAGGCAUUGACCGGCCUGUCGGCCAUGCAGGUCAUCGGCCUCCAACUAAGGAGGGACACGCUCAAGCAGUCACCGGCUGCCGCGCUUGUCCAACAGGUUGCGGACAUCCUCAAGUAUGGUGCCCAGGAACAGGCCUGGAGGGAUGUGUAUCAUGCGCGUAGGCCCAUUCACGUUCACGCACUGAGCUCCUGGCGGCCCUUGCUGUGCAAUUGGGCUAACCUCCACCAGCAACAUGACGCUUGUGAAUUCCUAGAACACCUCCUAGGAGCUGGACGACCCCAAGUUCUUCAAGGCAAGUGGGAAUCGCGCAUUGUUAGUGAGGUUGAGGGCACCGAGACCAGAGGACAGCACAACACACAGCGGUCCAUUACCCUUGACCUGGCGGACCCUUAUGCCACCACUAACCUCCAAGCACUUGUUGACCAUUGGCACACCGGCGGCACGUACGUACAGGCUUGCACGCAUCCUCCACGCAUCCUGCUUCUGCGCAUCUCGCGAUUCUUGGACACGGACGCUGGCGAGACGGUCAAACUGCACACCAGGGUCACCAUUCCCACUGCAAUCCAGAUCCCGUGCUACUGUGACCCACAUCAGGGGGACUACGCUUUGAUGACUUGA